GCUCACAGCCGCGCUCCAGCCCCAGCUCUGCAGUGUAGCAUCAGUCCCCUCCUCCGACACCACGCUUCAGUAUCUUCUUUCCACCUCGACCCAUUUUGAACAUAUUCACGCUUAGUUCGGCCGUAGCAGCCAUAUACGCAUUGUUCUGGAUGCUGCCCAUACAUGCACUCAAUACCACAGUCAUUUCAAUAUGUAUUCCAACGUGCUCGUUUGCUUGUUUCCCCUUUCAAAAAUGGGCUUGCUGUAUUCAGAACCCAGAGAUCGGUCACCCCGGAAUCGAGGUGCCGGUGCGCAUCCGCCAGUCGCUCGCACAUUACUGCCAAUCCUUUAAAAACGGGACACCUUGGUUGGUCGUUGGUCAAAUAGUUUGUUGCCCAAUACCAUCGCGCGCUGGUCAUGACCAUUCUGUGAUGUGGUGAUCCGCCCUCAUUCAUAGCCUUAGAAGAUAUGCCUCCAUAUUCAGCGUGUCCAAGAGCACCAUUCACCGCUGGCACUCCGAGACCAGUGUGCAUGUCGAUUGCGAAGAUGGAGAGUGA